GCUGUUGUUGCGCCGUUGCUAUGUACCGCCUGGUGCGCCUGGGCCCGCUGCGGCCGCCGGCGGUCCCGCGUAGCCCCCCGUGCCGCCUCCCGCUCGCCGCCGUCCCCCGCGCCUUGGGCUGCGAUCCCCGCCUCGCUUGGGCUGGCCUCAGCCCGCCGCUGCCGCUGGUAACGCUGCGAUCCGCCGCCGGCAGCUCCGCCAAGGAUGCAGGUGGAUCCCCCCAAAAGGCAGCCACGGAUCCCGGUGGUGAAAACCAGAAACUCAACAAAUCCCAGCAGCUGAAACAAGUUUUUAAAGAAUAUGGUGCCGUAGGGGUUUCAUUCCAUGUUGGAAUUUCAUUAAUAUCUCUAGGAAUCUUCUACCUGGCUGUGUCAAGUGGUGUGGAUAUGACUGCAGUUCUCUUCAAACUUGGUUUCAGUGAAUCAUCGUUGCAAUCUAAAAUGGCUGCUGGUACAAGCACAUUUGUGCUAGCAUAUGCUAUUCACAAAUUGUUUGCUCCAGUACGAAUCAGCAUUACUAUAGUUUCUGUGCCAUUUAUUGUGCGAUACUGCCGGAAGAUUGGUUUCUUCAAACCUCCUGCCCCAAAUCCAUGAUGAUUUCUUACUGGUUUUUACUCUAUCUUUUAAAUGCUCUACAUCCAUGUAGCUUUUCAGAUUGCUAAAUUUCUUUAAAAGACUUAUUUGGAUUCAUGUUAAUGCUGACCUCCUCUUGCAUUUCUUACUUGUUCUUUCAGGUAAAUAUUACACUGUGAGAAGUGCUGUCCUUAUCUUCUUUCCCUUUUGCCACCUCUUUAGAAAAACCUGUUAAAAUGGUAUCUGGUUUCCACUGCAAGUGGUAAUAGAAAUGCUUGACAAGGAGCAAUCUCUUUAGAACACACAGUUCUGGGUCUUCAUAAUCUAGCUUUUUAGGCCUUAAUUUUUUUUUCUGGUCAAAAUAGAGCGGCAGCAUUAGUUUAUUACUGUGUAGUUGGGAAACGGAGUAAGAUUCUCUUCCUAAUAGUCUGUGGAAUAAACAAUAUUCUACUAUAUGAAUAGUUCUUUUGGUAAGUGUAUAUAUUGGAAUCCAAGGUGGUAGGUGGGUGUUUCUUUUGUUAUAAAAGGCAUAUAUUAUGACCCCAGUCUUGCAGUACAACACACAUGUUGAACUAACUCAAGUGGGAAUACCUGUAUGCUUAAUUAUUGCACAGUGAUAAUUGUUUUAGCCAGAAUAGGGGAUGCACUGUUCUGAAACUAUAGCUCCUUUGUGGUGCUUCCAUGUUUCAAGACUUUAUUGUUUGCAAGUGUGCUUUAUUUAUAGGCUAGGAACUAGCCUUACUAAAGUCCUUUUUUUAAUUUUUUUAUGCCUAUAGACUCAGAAGGAAUCCUGAGUCUACUGAAAUCAGUGUAACCAGAAUUACCUCCUAUGUGAACAUAUUCCAAAGAUUAUCAAGUCAGAGGCAAGGUAGCUGUGGGUUUUUAAUGUAUUAAGAUCUGGCUUUGUACUGAAGACACUUUUUUUAAAUCUGAAAACUAACCCUAGCAGCUUUCUGCUCCUGUGGAUGAAACUCAAAUCUGCACCUGAAGUCCAGACAUUACAAUUCAUAGUUUCUCAAGAGCAAUUCCUGUGCUUCUGUCUGACAGACUGUUGAAUGUACCAAUUAGAGGUGCUUUUCGUUUCCUUAUUUGGACACUUCCUAUUAGAAUGUAGUUGCACAUGCAUAUAUUCACAUGCCACCUCUCAGUUAGCCUGAAGACUAGAUCCCAAAACUAAGCAGUUAAUGUAACCAUUCUGUGGUAAACCUGGGUUUCAGACUUAGGACUGUGCUUCUGUGAGAUAGCUCAAACCAGAUCUAUCACUCUUUUGGACCUGUUCCUCCUUCCAGGUCUGCUCCUUUUACAUUGUCUUUCUCUGUCUUUGUGUUUACACUUACCCCAAGGUGGCUCUGACAGAUCUGUUCAUACAUGAAUCUGACUGAAGUAAAAUAGCAGGAAAUCACAUGGGUGAUCAGAGUAAAUUUUUUUUUUUUGGCUGAAAUUCAGUGAAUUGAGAGGAAGGAAUCAUGUGGUUAGGAUGAGAGUUGGCUGAGGGAGGGAAGGAGGAGCAAGUUUAAUUUCUCUUUGUUAUGAGCAACCUAUUAACUCCACUCAGCUAUAACAUUAAAAUGCACUCUAACUCCUUUCCCAGUCAGAUGGUUGGAUGCACUGAGGAUUCUCAGGCUUACAAGUGAGCAAGCGGAGUUUGUGCUCUAGGAAGAUGAAUCACAGCCACAUAUAUCCUUAUAUCUCUAUUAUUGCUACCCCUUGGUUAAUCAGAGGUUUUCUUUAAGACAGGGAAGACUGGAAGAGAGGUAGUUUACUUCCUCUGCCCUGUGGAAGCAAGCUGAUACUAGAGACUAGCACUUGAAAACAAAGGACCCCUUGACCUCAGUGGGGCUGUGCUGUUAACCCAGAUAAGGGUUUAGUUUCUUAAGAUGGAAGCAGUUGCAGCAGUGAGCAGGUACACAUGCUAGAGGCUUGAUGUAUAAUACAAAUUAGCCAUACAUAGCAUAUAUGUAAAGAUGCAUUACAUAGUUAAACACUGCUCAAAAUACCAACCUUAGAAACAGGACAUACUGAGAAUUAGCCUUGCAGUGUGGCCUACUUCUAUGGGAGCUGUAAGCUGUGUCAGUAACAGAGCUUGUCACACAGCUGCUUGGCUUGCUUGUUAGAAUAUGGAGACAACGCUCUGCUGCUUCAUGUACUCAUGCAUGCAGCAGGAAUGGCUAGCACUUUUGACUAGUUGCUUAUUCAAAAAAAAAAAAAAAAAGACUGAGUUUUUCCGGUUUCAUGCCUGCUUUGCUGUAUGGCUGCUGAAGCUGGCAGCUUGUCCAGGGUACUAGCUUCAGCUUGCUGCCCUCUUAGCCAGCUCUAAUUAGAGCAUAAGUUUCAAAUGAGCGUGUCCCUCAAGGAAUCUCUGCCUUUACCCUUGACUAAUCUGUGUGAUUAUUAUAUUCUGUUAUGUGGAUGGAAGCUUUUGCCGAGUGUUCAAUAGGUUAAAAACCACACUAUCUACACAGCAGUUGGUUACCAUGGUAUGACAACAUGCAACCAACACUACUGUAGCUUUCUGUGACCUACUACAUUCUAGAACAGCUAGAGUCUUUUAAAUUUCAAGUGGGCAGUCAGUAUUUCUUAGAGUAAAGUUUUACUUGGGCUUAUUUUUUUUCCUGUUCAGAAGCCUUUCUGUGUUGUUUUCCUACAUGCUCUCUCUUUGUAUCAGUUUGGGGCAAUGUUCUGUUACCAAGGAUAACAAAAGAAUUCCAGAAUAAUCAUGAGGCAUCCUUGUUUUCUUCAAGUUAACUAGUCAUUUCUGAUAAGUAUGUUUUGUCCUAAAGUUGAUAGAAAAGGAAUAUUCAAGCUUUUUCUUUUUCAAAAAGAGUCUUUCUGUAAGGCAGGAAUCAUUUAAAGUAAAUGCACUUAGUUAUUAAAAGUCACCAGCACUAACUAGAUAUUUUCCUUGCAGUAAAGAGCUUCAUUUAAAUUAUGACCAGAAUUCAGAUUACCUAUUAAGAUAAAUAUGGUUGUAUAAACUACUGGCAAUUUGUUUAGAUGAAGUUUUUUUGCAAAGUAUGUUUUAAAUUAAUUUGAGAAUAUAUUUUGAAUUCUAGAGUCCUUGCUUGUAAAAGGAUCAUUUUUUAAAAUGGUUUGUAAAAUAGUGAAUAUGACCUUAAACUUAUACUCUUAUAAUGAAAAUACAAUAAAUUGCUUU